UAAAAAUGACGUAACAAUCUCAUGUGCGUCUUCUCAUUUGCACAACGCUUCGGAGUGUGUUUCUGGGCGUGCUGUUUUUAACUUGUGUUUUAUAUAGUCAGUCUGAUUUUAUUCGGUUGAAAAAUGCCAAGUAUUUCUUCCAAAUCUUCUCAAUCUAACCCUCAAAUUGGUAACAUUGCAGAAUUUCUCCAAGAUCCAUUGAAACAUGCAGUUUCUGUUAUGGAGAAAAAGUUAAGGAACUUGGAGAAACGUAAGAUUAAACUGCUCGAAACAAAGAAAAAAGCUGAAGGAGGAAAUGAAUUAAAUGAUGAUCAAAAGAAAGCAUUGGAAAAUUUGAAAGUUGUGGAAAAUAGUCUUGAUCUAGUAAAAGAACUAAGUAAAAAUAUGGCAUAUCUUGAUGGAGAGUAUACAAAGCACCUGAAAAGAGACCAAAAGAGAAUUAAAAUUACAGAGGCAGCACAGAGUGAUCAAUAUGGAAAACAGUUAGUCCACCGUGUUGUCGAAGUACAAGCCAUACUUAGUGAUAUGUCAGAGUUUGUUCGGCCUGAUUUUUUAAAUGGUGUAAACAGCGCGUGUAAAUUAACGAAAGAUGAUUUUGAUAAUCUUGAUGUGUUCUAUGAACUUGUUAAUCCAAGUAUUGAUCCUACUAUUGAUUUAUCAAAAGUUAAUAAAUUAUCAGUACGAGUUAAAGAAGCCACUGAACAUUUGAUAAAGGUUGUUGAAGGUAAAGAUCUUCCAGCAUUAGAUAAUGGUACAACUUACAAAGAACUGCAAGCACUUAUAUCACGUAUUAAGUUGAGUGGAUACUUUGAAAAAGAUAAAGUGAAUGGUUUGGAUGAAAACGUAAAUCACAUUGUUCCUGAAUCAGCUGAUUCUGAGCUACAUGAAGAUCAUGAGGAUCAUGAAGACCAUGAAAAAAUAGAUCAUAAAGAAGCAGAAAAUGAAGAAGAGGAAAUAAAUGAAGUCACUUCUCCAUUUGAUGAACAGUUGCCUGUAUUGGAUGGUGUUGAUCUUCCCCCAGAAGUUCAAAGGACUCCCAAUGAAGAACAUUUCAAUUUCUUAUCUGAAUCAGAAAUAUUGGUUCAUGGUGAUGGUCAACAAGCUUCUUUAAACCCUGUCAGUCCUGAGUUUGUACCAAGAAAUUUUCAAUUGCCUUCAGGUGAAGUUUAUGAAAAUGGUGUGGCUGAUAAUUCUGAUGCUGGAUGGGAGCAGGCUCCAGCGCAAGAGCCAGGUUGGCAAUCUGUUGAAAAUCAAAACUUCCAUAGUGGUGGGGGUUUUAGAGGCAAUCGUGGAAACAGAGGCGAUCACCGUGGUGGGCGUGGUUUUGGUGGUAGAGGUGGCAGAGGCAGUCGUGGCGGAAAUGGUUCUGCUGGUGGAAAUUUUCGUGGUGGAAAUAAACAGGAUGGUCAUCGUGGUGGAAAUCGUGGUGGUCGCGGUGGUGAAUUUCGUGGAGGAAACCGAGGAGGAUUUAGAGGUGGCAAUCGAGGAGGUCCCCGUGGUGCAGGGCGUGGCGGAAGUCGUGAGAACAAACCUCAACAGCAGCAAUAGGCAACCCUACAUAAAAUCUGAAAUUGCAAGGCGUUAUACAAUCUGUUAUAAAACAUAGUGCAAAGCUAGCAGAGUAGCUUGGUGAGAAUGUUAAAAUUCGUUUGCCGAAAUGGCUUAAUGUCAAUAGAUCUCAUUCGUGAAAAAAAGUAUUCGGUAGAUGAAAUAAUCAAUAGGCGAAACAUUUGAGUUAUCCGAUGUUGUCCUUCGAGUAGUUUUGUACAAUAUUUUGGUGAACUUAUACGUCAGAAAGUAUUUUGUUUAUCUUAAAGCUGUUUGUAAAAUAUUUGAUAGUGUUUUAUACUUCAUCUUUCCAUCGACUUGAUUUAAAAAAUUAAUUUUUUUUUUCCUCUAUUAAUUGUUUAAGUUCUCUUUCAGUUGCGUUCUAGUAAACUUUAGUUAACAGACCGUCAUUUACUUUAGCUACUUUUUAAACGAGCUGUUUCAUCCAAAUCUAUCCAUCAAUUAAAUAUUUUUGUUUUUGUUUUAAUCAUAUUACUUGAAUCUGUUUAAAAAAGAUAUUUAUUUUUAAGCUUCUUGUUCCGUAAUAAUAUUAUUGUAAGAUGGUGUAAGCAUUGUCAGAUAAUCAAUUUCAAGUAGAACGAAA